AGCUGACUUUCGUACCGUCACCAAGAACUCCGCUGGGAACACGUACUUUCCAGUAUUUGGUGCAGCUACUUAAUUUUCGGUGAUCAUAUCUAAGCUAGAAGAGGAGCAUCACCAUCUUCUAGUACUUUCUAGUACGGUGGAAGAUCAUACGAUGCAGGUGAAAGAAUUCUGAUUUCCAGUGGAAUAUUGCUCUGGGUUUGAUACUCCUACUGCUGCUUACAAUAAACAAACUACAGUUGUCUGCAGUAGCGCGUCUACAUCGGUGGGGCCCUCUGGCCCCUCCAGCGUGGUGACGCCCUUUGCUCCAUACGCACUGAGUAACCGUGGCAGUAUCGGGACGCCAUAUGUUAAGGUUGGAGGUCAUUAUCAGGCUGUUGAUGUUAUGUGAUGCAGUGUGCCUGGUUCUGGGAGUUGUAGUAAAAAGAAUAACCCUUCAACAUAUUCAUUGAAAUUGAGUACGAGAAAAAUUACAGGUCGCACGAAGACAUUUGCUGGUCUCCUUUUUCAGGCUGGUUGGAAACUCACUAUUCAACUGUGUCUUCGUCUUCUAAGUAGCGCAGUGGCGUUUCACCAGCAGGGAUACGGACAUCAGGGCAACUGCAGCCGCCGAUCGGAGUCGCUCCUCAGCUUUUUUUCAAUGGUCGACUGGGAAUCAAUAUUAUGGAGAUGAUCAUAUGUGGUUGAGGUUGAGAAUCUUAGCUGUUUCCUCUUCAUGACUACCACCUAUACCUAAUAGAUUUUCGUUCGUUUCCAUAGUUCUACCUCCUUUCGUUUCCUUCGCAUGAAUUUGUCUGAUCGAUUAGCGUUCGACCUCGUCAAAAUUCCUGUCGUCUAACAACCCAUCUUGAUCUUCUAACCUAUCAAACAUCAACAAAUCGUCUCCUACUGGUGCUGGCGUUGUAGGCAACCUAAUACAACCCAAGUUAGGUCCAGCUUUCGCAGGCAAGGCGAAUCAGAUGAGUGAAAGCAGUCUGGCGACCAGUUCGGACGUUCCUAGUGGAAUUGCCCAGGGACAGAAUGCGAAAUUGGUAACUUUUGUUUUGGAGUGCUUGUACAACAUGAUGGGUCUACUAGUACUACGAUUUUUACACCUAGGCAUACUAGUACUACCAUUACCACUUGUGAAGAACGAAUCGUUUCUUUUUUCAGAUUGUUGCUACUCGAGAUCAGCUGGCCGGUGCCCAGGAGGUGGAAAACGCGAAUUUCUGCAGUGAGCGUCAGGCCAUUUGGUUAUGAUACUCGCAGCAUAACUAAUAGUUGAGCAGGAAGGUGUUGAGAUGGUUCUUGAAGGAUUGAAUGGAGCAUAAAACUUUUAAGUUCUGUACUUCUACUUCCUGCAGAUGUUGAUCAUGUGCGUAGGCCUCUAGCUCCACUUACAACAGCAACAUGUAGAAAAGAUACUCAUUGAACAAAAUUUCUCUCCCACGACCCACGACGACCCUUUCCUAUGUUCAUGAGGCAAGCAAAAACUGGAUAAGAUCCGGCUAGCAACCUCGCCAACAGAAUGUCAGCAAGAGUAUUUGCAAGAGGUUUGUCGAUUACAGGAGCAAUUGUCGAACGAAGUUGCAGAGAAGCGGAAACUUCGUCAAGACUUGGAAGCAAAGUAUGUUGAUGCGUUUUUCUUCAUUUAGUAAUAUUCGGCCUGACAUUACAGCACAUCUAGUACUCGAUGAAUGCAGCUGCAUGCCUCAUGCCUCUGUCUGUGAUUCUUCUCCUCUUAUUUGUUGAUAUUAGAGUUCCAAAAAGUUCCAAUUUUUAUUUUUGUAGUGCCAUGCAUAUCCGAAAGGGAAGAGCUUGCGCGUUUAUCCGAGAAGCUGCCGGCGACGGACGGGGUUAGUCUCCUUCAGUCUAUACGCGAAAACUUUGAUCCGUCGACUUUCAGAAUUAAUGCUUAGUGCACCAUCUCCGAUGAAUUACUUGGUACACCUCCACAGGAUGACUGCUUAGUGCACCAUCUCCGAUGAAUUACUUGGUACACCUCCACAGGAUGACGCGGGAGCGGGAAAGAAGUGCUUCAGAGAGAAGGCAGUUACUCUCGGAGAAAAACGCUCUUGCGCGAAAAGUAGAAGCAGAAGACACCGAAAUUCGAAGACGCCUUGGGGAAAUCGAAUCAAGACUGAUGCAGAUGACAGGUACUUAUGUUGAUCUUGAUCGUAAAGGAAAUCUGUGAGACUGAAGAUGCAAAUGACAGGUGUAAGAAUACAAUCGAAGGAGGUAGUUCUACUACAGGUAGUUGUAGAAAUCAAAGUUGUAGUGGAAGUUGUACCUCUACUGUGGGAGUACAUCAACUAGUAGGUAUUAACAAGAGCAGUCUGCUGGAAAUGUUAUGUCUUCUUCAAACGAGCACUGUACUCAACCCUACUAGGCUGCCGAACUCGAUUAGCUGGCGACAAGAAGAGUCUCCGUGA